GAAGUACUAUGACAAGCAAUUAAUACAACAGCACACAAACAAGCAAUUUAACGAUUCUAAAAUAUAUAAAAUAGUAAGGAUGAUACGCAUACACGCCGAUAGCUUCGCACCCAAGUAUAAGAGUGGCAAAUGGUCGUGGGACAAAAACACGGAUGCUCUGCACUUUCAGCCUCAUAGCGAUUUGGAGGAUGUCAACGAAAGAUUCAUUGAGACAAAUGGAUAUCAAUUUCUGCGCAUGAUCAAUCAGGAGGAAGAAGUUAUCUUUCGUAAAGUUUUCACCCGCUCCAAGCUCACCUACGACACUGAUAUGGUGGUGAUCAACGAUGUGCGCGAUCUUGUGCUGUUUAUGAUGCCCAAAGAGUUUUUGAGCAUGAAAUUUCUAGAAUUCAUGCACAAGCCAUCUGUGCACCGUCUGCUCCAUGCGUUGAUCAUUUACUUUGAAUACUUUUUGCGAUUGGUGGAAUUUAUGCUCAUAAGACGCGAUGAGCUCGCUGGUAAUAUGGCGCAAGUUCAAAGUGAACAGACGAAUGAAAUGAAGCGCAUCUUUUCCAUCUAUUUGAGUCAGUAUCGGAUGCUGGUGGCCCGAAACUAUAGCGUUAUCAUUAUGGGUGAGGGGGACAUGUCCAAGUAUUAUCACACCAAACCGAUCGUCAACAUAUCUUCGAAGAUCAAGGAUAAAUACUUUCACGAACAGUUUCUGGCCGUCGCAAUUCAAAUCGUUUGGAUCUCAAUGCAUCGUCGAGCAUAUUUUGUGAUUGAAAUGGAAAUGAACCGACUCUUUCGCUCCGAACACUUUUUGGCAAACAAUCCCAACUAUCUGAAGUUCACGCCAUCGGAGCGCAGUUUAAUCUAUGGCCGAAACAACAAGAUGGUCAAUUAUCGUGCCCAGUGCUCACCAAUGAUACAGGAACUCAACAACGUAGCGGACGAAGAUUUGCCCAUUCUAUGGAUUGGUGAACGAAAAUAUCGCGGCACCGAUCAUCGCAUCCAUGAACUGGAAUUAGAAUAUAUUGUGCCUGGGCCACAGUUGCGUAUGAUUGAUAUUUCGCAUGGUAUUCUCGGUCAUCCGAAGUCUUUGUACAACACAAUUUUGCAAUUGGAUUGGCCCCAAGUGCGCUACAGCAAUUUCUCACAGAUGCACGAUCCGUAUUAUCUGGUGAGACAGCCAAAUUUGCGCAUUCCCAACAUCGAUGAGAUGCACGUGCGUCGCAUGUCCAAAGAUUACGAGCAUUUCUACAAGAUAUUUCGCAUCUAUGAACCAUUCAAUAGUGAAUUGAUUGUCAAGUGGAGCAAACGGGACAAGAUCAUAAAGGACUUUGCCAGUGGCGGAGCUCAUCACGAUAUCUUCAUGCGUUGCGAGAAGCAGCUGAUUAAAGAGGAGGAUCGACAUGUUCCACAAGUUAUUGCCGACUAUUAUAAUUUGCUAUACAAGUUCCGCAAGAAAUCGCACAUCUUUUUGGGCGAUGCAACCCAGACGAAAAGCAAACGCAUUAGGCUUAAGGGUCGGGAUCGCUUUUUCCAUUUGUAGAUCUAUCAAUAUUUUUAUCACAGACUUACUAUACGUGUUUGUACCUCUUGUAGCAAAAGACAAAUGAUCAAACAAAUUUAAUCAAAAUUGAAGGAAAAAU